CUGAAGGCACGUCGCGCGCUUCCGCCAAAACUUUUACGAAAGCUCUCCGUUACUGUAUUGUGAAACUGUAUGUUGGUUUGUUUGUCUUUCAGUCCGUAAUUAAGUGAGUAAUUUAUUAAAGUUAAAUGUUAUUAUUUGUGAUUAAUAUGUGAUAGAUUUAGUGUUUUGUGACUUUUAUACAGUGAAAUUUAAGAAUAGGUUCACGCAUGACAUCAGAAACUGCAAAAAAUGAGACUCAAAUGACUAUCGAAGCAUCUAAAAUGCCGCUCCACUUCAACGGGUCCCUCCCGAAUAUCUCCUGGAACGAUACGACAGUGCUGUCGUCAGUGGACGUCUUCCACAAGCCUGAUGUGGCCAUCAUCGCACUGUACGUGGUCGUACUCACCGCCUCGCUGUCGGCAAACACGCUGCUCAUAUUCAUAGUAAUCAAGUUCCAGUACAUGAGGAGUGUCACCAACAUAUUCCUCGUCAACCUGUCGGUAGCCGACCUCCUGGUGACGCUGUUCUGCAUGCCGGUCCAGAUCGCCAAGUCGGUGACCCUAUUGUGGUACUUCGGUGAUGUCAUGUGCAAGACUGUCAACUUUCUUCAAGGAGUAGCGGUAGCAUCCAGCGUGUUUACCAUCACGGCCAUGUCAGUAGACCGGUACUUGGCCAUCACGCAGUCCCUCAGACAACCCUGGAUGCCGUCAAGAAGGGGGGCCUGUAGUCUUCUGGCAGCAUUAUGGCUGCUAUCAUUGAUGAUCUUCGCCCCCUUGCUGGGCGUGGCAGCAGUUGAAAGGGAGAUGGUACCAGUGCUGGCUAGAACAAGAAAUGGCUCUGUCGUAUGGAUGCAGAGGAGCGUGGAGUUCUGCACUGAAACGUGGCCCGACUCCAUCAAGAAGGAACUCUUUGGUGCUUUCAGUUUCGUUCUUGUUUACGCUAUACCGGGAUGUAUAGUGGUCGUGUCGUACUCAUUGAUGGGAAGAAGAUUGUGCUCAGUGCUGCCGCCCUUCGACCAGACGGAAGGCAGCGUAAACAGCCAACAGCGCCUACGCCUCGUCCGCGAGAGGAAGCGGGUGGCAUGGAUUCUGUUACUUCUGGCUGUGCUGUUUGCUCUGUGCUGGCUGCCGUACAACAUUCUUCAGCUACUAAUCGACGUCAAUGCUGUCAAAGCUGAGUCCGUGUCUCUGGUACUACCUUACACGUUGUUGUUAGGGCAUACGAACUCAGCAGUGAACCCCAUAGUGUACUGUCUGAUGACCCGCAACUUCAGGCGCUCCCUCCGAAAGCUGAUCUGCCAAGACCCCGGUAACAUACACUCUAGUACUCAUUUCCAUAUGCAAGGUUUACGUCAAAAAUCCAACACGUCUAGUUUGCGAACCUGUACCACUGUGACCUUCAGGAGUAGCAACCACCUGAACCGCGCCCAGAACCCAGCGAUCCAGUACGGGAGAGUACAGGGUGGAACUUCGUUAAGGGACAGCGGUUGGAAGGAUAGGCAGAAGCCACAGUACUUGUAAAGAUGUGCUGUACCUACCCGAUAAAGAAGUAUAUGCCCACGAUAGAACAGAAGAUUACAGUAACUUCUUUGAUAGGACAUUGCGGUCGGAACGACUGACCGACAUCGAGACACCAUAGUUUUUGUAAAGGAAAUAACUUUAAUAUGUCUUCUCAGUUUUCCACCUGAACUGUAAGCCUUGUGCAAGUUGCUUUCCUUUCCGCGCAGAUAUUAGAAGCCGACCAAAGAAAUGGGUUGUAAAUUUAGGAUUCUUGCUUAUAGGUAUGCAAAUUUGUGAUGCUAAAUAGCCGAAAGUGGCUUUCAAGCCAGUCGAGACUGGCUCAUAUCCGGAAGAAUCGAAUACGUGAUAAUAUAUAUACAUAAAGAAGAAUAUUCCCCGUAAUUCCAUAAAGAAGAGUUGUCAGAAUAACGUCGUUAUGGAAUAGCAGUUGGAAGGAAUUAGAAAAACCACAACACCAGUAAAAUAUUUUUUUGGACUAAAAGAACAUUAUUUAAUAUAGGUCUUGUUCCUCCUUGCUUUAGUCCCUGUUGCAUCUUCGCUACUCUGGAGAGGUGCUUGGGUAUGUCUUUGACCAUGGAUCCUGGAUUGGGUGAGUCAGGUUUAUACACGAAGCGACUCCCAUCUGACCUCCAUAAUCUUUGCGGGGGAACCUUACCUGUAUAAUAUCCUUUUUACAUCCAGUUGCCUGAAUGUGCAGGUUUCCUCAAGGAAUGAACAUAAUUUCAGAAAUAGUUAUUUCUACACGGCUGAGGUGGGAUUUGAACCUGUGCCUUUAUGCGCAUCGCGAAUUUGAACCGGGCACCUUACCGAAUAGUCCACCGACGCUCAGUAUUAAAAGUAGGAACCUCACUGUAAGGAACAAAAAAGAAAUUCGCAAGAUAUACGUACUAAUAUUAUUAAUAUGAAUAUUUGUAAGGAUGUGUGGUUGAUGAAAUUUAGUAAACAUCUAUGACUCUACACGUGAACAAAAUUUCCUCCUAAUCCGUUAAACGAUCCUUUAUAAAGUAAUUUUUAUUCUGAAAUUCCUACGGCAGCGAAGCCUGGGGGCAGAACUAGUAUCUAUAAAUGCAGACAUAGAUCAGCCACAGGUUUAUUAAGGAAAGAUGUCAGAAUAAAGCUAGUACGCUAUUUUGUGUAAGUUUCCAUUUAUAUUUUUUUUUCUGAAACGUAUAAUUUGAUGCCCUGACUUCGUCUUAUUUAAGUCAUUUCGAAGUAGUUUGCGCUUAAAGUGUACAAAUUGUUGGUAAAUUAUAUUUCAUAUUUUUAAGUAAAUAAUUGGCUAUCUUCUUCGGUCUUUCAAGCCCUUGCAAGGGAUAUAGACGAGAUUAUAUGAAUAAAUGAGUUUUAAGUAAAAGUUUAGUGUUUUAGGACUAGCUUUUUUCCAAGUAAAAUCUAGUCUUUUUGGCACCAAAUAUAGAUUUUAAAACUAAUUUAUAAAACGCAAAUUCAAACCGAUACUAAAUCUUUCACACCUUCCCCAUGGAUGUCGUAAAAGGCGACUAAGGGAAAGGGUUAUAAACUUAGGAUUCUUCUUGUUCAGGUGAUGGGCUAGCAAUCAGUCCUGAACGUGGCCUUUCAGUCUUUUCAAGAUUGUUGGCUCGUGAGACGUGAUUGUAUGUGUAUGUAUGUAAAAAUUAAAUUUGGGAGUUAAUCAAAAAUUUUGCUUACUUAUUAUGUAAUAUAUUUCGUAUACAUAGAUUAUUCUUAAUUUGUGUUAUAAAUAGAAUUUAUUUACGAGUUAUACAGGGACGUUUCUAAGUCAUUAUUAUAAGAUUAUGCUAAAAUGUAUUUUAAUUGCUCUUAAAUUAAAGCUUCUUCCAAAAAGAAAUCUCUUUUCAACAUAUGAAUUGUUUCAAUGAAAUUAUGCUUAUUAAUAAAUCACAAAGUUAAUAAACAAUCGAAGA